CCUUGUUUAUCGCCUUGUCCACAUCCCACUAAGCGCUACGGAAAUAAUCUCCAUCGUUUAAUGGCGCUCUCGUUGUACAUUCAAAACCAUCGAUAGCGGCGAUAUAACACACACUGUGCCCAACCAAGGCCACACAUUUGGAGCUGUGCUCGUCUUUGGAGGAUUAAAGCGCGAUGAUGGCGUCCAGCUAUAACGCGAAGGAGGAGGACGGUCAUCAUCCGGGAUUGGUGGGCUCCGGCGGCCCGGGCGCCGUCAAGAGCAAGAAGCCGGACAACACGGCCUUUAAACAGCAGCGUUUGCCCGCUUGGCAGCCCAUCCUGACUGCAGGCACCGUCCUGCCAGCCUUCUUCAUGAUCGGACUCAUCUUCAUCCCCAUCGGCAUCGGACUAUUCGUCACCUCCAAUAACAUCAAAGAGUUUGAAAUCGACUACACUGGUGUCGACAUGUCCAGUCCGUGUUACAACUGUGCGCAGAACUACAGCUGGAACAGCACUAGUGUGUGCACUUGCACUGUUCCCUUCACACUGGACCAGCCUUUCGAGAGUAAUGUUUUCAUGUAUUAUGGACUCUCCAACUUCUAUCAAAACCACAGACGUUAUGUCAAAUCCAGAGAUGACAGUCAGCUGAAUGGAGACAAAAGCUCUUUACUGAAUCCGAGUAAAGAGUGUGAACCGUAUCGAACAAGUGACAGGAAGCCCAUUGCUCCUUGUGGCGCCAUUGCUAACAGUCUCUUCAACGAUACACUGGAGCUGUUUUAUAUCCAUCCAAACGGAAGCAAAAUCGGCAUUCAUCUGGUGAAGACAGGCAUUGCGUGGUGGACUGACAAACACGUCAAGUUCAGAAACCCAGGAGGAAGCAACAACAACCUCUCCGUUGUUUUCCAAGACACCAGCAAACCUGUAAACUGGCGUAAGGCUGUCUACGAGCUGGACCCGACUGAUCCUGAGAACAACGGUUUCGUCAACGAGGACCUGAUCGUGUGGAUGAGAACCGCUGCUCUUCCCACAUUCAGGAAACUGUAUCGCAUCAUUCAGAAGAAGAAGGACACCAUGACCCCAACACUACCGCCGGGAAACUACAGCCUGGAGGUCGCCUACAAUUACCCUGUGCGUAGCUUCGACGGCCGCAAGCGCGUGAUCCUCAGCACCAUCUCCUGGAUGGGGGGCAAGAACCCGUUUCUGGGGAUCGCCUACAUCACAGUGGGCUCGGUGUGCUUCUUCCUGGGGGUCGUCCUGCUGAUCAUCCACCACAAAUACGGCAACCGUAACAACAAUGCUGACAUUCCCAAUUAAAGGCGCAUUGUGUGUGUGAGGAGUCCAGCAUGGUGGAAACACACUGGUCAACACAGCCACUGCUUGCUGAGUUCUUGUGUAUGCACUGGCCGUUUUUGAAUUAUACUUUUGUUUUCCAAGCACACCAAAGCUUUAUAUUGUAAAUAAGAGCAGGUUCUUCAGUGCGACGGAGUUGAAUUUUCCACAUGAAGUAUUUGGGGGUGAGGACAGUAUAUGAGCAGAGUUACUGACUGAUGUGUUUUCAUAUAAUAGCACUGAAUCUGGCUAAAUCCUACAGAAUAAUGUCCACAUCCAUGUUUUCCCCAAAUCAAAAUAGAUUAGCAUUCAGAGUUUUUAGAAGAAGAAAGUCUCUUCAGCUCAUCGAGCCUACAUUUAUUUGAUCCCAAGCAUUUUUGGGGGUAACGCAUUACAAGUAACAGGAGUUACGUAAUAAUAUUACUUCUCUAAGUAACUAGUAAAGUAACAAAUCACUUUAAAGAAAUAAGUAAUGAUAUUAAGGGCAUCCACUGUGUAAAAACAUGCUGGAUAAGUUGGCGGUUCAUUCCACUGGGGCGACCCCAGAUUAAUAAAGGGACUAAGCUGAAAAGAAAAUGAAUAAAUGAAUAUUAAAUUGUUGAAUUAAAAUUAGAGUGAUCAAUGAAUCACGCAGUCAAAGAGAGAAUGUGCUUAUUAUUUUGAACACAUCGAAGAACAGGAAAAGGGAGUGUAGUCUCAAUGGACAGUGAGUUUACUUAAGACAAAUAGUACAAUAGUAGCAAGCACAUUGCUUUAAACAUUCAUUAAUCUUGAUAUAUGGCAUGUGUAGCUCUGGGGUCAGGAGUUCUCCGAUAACAUUAUCCUAAAAUAUUAUGUUUUAUUUAACACAUUAUUUUAUAUUAUGUGUCUUUUUAAAGGUAAAUGAAGGUUAUACAGUGCACUGUUAAUUGGAAAGCUCCUCAAUAAAAAAAGAAAGAAAAUUUAACAAGUUUUGAAAGAGAUCAAGCUUCAGCCAGGUAAUAAAAGUAACGUAACGCAUUACUUACCAUAGAAAGUAACUAAGUAACGUAGCUAGUUACUUUUUUUUUUGGAGGGGGGGACUCAAUAUUGUAAUGCAUUUCUUUCAAAAGUAACUUUCCCCAACACUCAUCCCAAGUACAGCAAAAAUAGUACAGUUCUGAAAUAUUUUACCUAUUUAAAAUAAACGCUUUCUGUUUGAAUAUAUUUUAAAAUCUUGUUUAUUUCUUUGAUUUCUAAGCUGUGUUUUUAGCAUCAUUAUUCCAGUCAUGUUAUUUUAUUUUUUCAGCUUUUUUUGAUGAAUAGAAAGUUCAUAAAAACAACAUUUAUUUGAAAUAAAAAUCAUUUGGGACAUUAUAAACAUCUUUAUUAUUGUUUGUGAUCAAUUUAAAGCAUAAUUGCUAAAUAAAAGUGUUAAUUUCUAUCAUUUCUCUACCAAGAAGCAAAGAUACCGACUCUUACAGAAGCUAUCGAAUGCUGUAGUGUUUCAUGUUACACAAUCGGCUUUAUUUCAGAUUAAUUCGGGUCUCUGGAAUAUUUUUUCAUUGAAGAAUCCUGAAAAAAAAAAGACUGAAUAAUUUUAAUGUUUAUUAUGAUGAAUGAUAGUAAUAAAAGUUUCUUGAUCAGCAAAUCAGAAUUUUAGGAUGAAUUCUGAAGCAUGCAUAAUGAUGCUAAAAUAUUCAGCUUUUUUAGAUUCAUUUUUUUAACAUUUUGUAACAUUUAAAGGUAAAAUAGUUUUUCAAAUAGUAAAAGUCAUCCAUAUUUUAACUUUUUAGUGCACUUUGGAUCAAAUAAAUGCAUGUUUGGUGAGCAGAAAACAAGAAAUCUUACUGCUAAUACUUUUGACAAGUAGUAUA